AUACGUAUAAUACCACGCUGAUGGACAAAUUGACACUCGUUUCUUCGUUCCCGUUUAGACGUAACGCGUUAACGUAAAGUCGCGAUGAGUAUCUUCAGUUACAUGUAUUAUUAUGUGGGGUACUUCUUUGCGACACAUGUGAUUCAUGAGCACGGCCAGCCACCAAGUUUCCAUUACCCUGAGAGCUUUCCGGAACUGCAGAACUACCAGGACGCUUGGGAUUUCCUGAACAACACAGUGCGCAUGGCGCUUCUCUACCGGACGUUCAAAACAGAUGAGAAGUACCCAACCACAUGCGUGUGGAUGAAGCGACUGCAAGUCAAUGAGAGUGAGAAAACGUUUUUGGGAGAAGUUUCCCUCUGCUACAAUCAGACAUGGCGGAGCAUGAACCUUACCCUUAAGGCCAUGACAUUGGAGGGCUACAACGUUUCGACAUUCUUCAGUGUGGGGCUUACAGCACGUCGCGGAGUAGGUAGAGAAUAUCUUCCAGUGGUGUACCAGGUACCCGGGAAAUGUAUUAUCGUCAGGCAACCCUCCCAUGAUACCGAAAUGGAAUAUGCGUGCGAUCUGUGGGUGUCUCUAGGCACACUUAAAAAGAACAAAAACACUGCGCCGAAGGGAUGCGUCAUCAUGUACGAUUACUUAUGUGAAACAACAAAGCACAAGAUGUUCGGAGAGGAUUGUAUCGAUAAGUUGAAAGAAAGUGGUGAAAUAACGAGCUCAACGAAGCCAACAGAAGCAGCCACGGCUGCAUCUUGCUAAGGUGGAGACCAGGAUGACCAAUGUUUAUUUCGGAUGAAUCUGCGCUUCAGUCGCGAGCGAGGCAUUUAAAAAUAUUCAACUAUUGUCAUAAAAAUUCCUUUAGUUCAUCUCGACAACCUGUAUGUGGAUAUGUAUCUGUGCACGAGGCCCUUAUUAGGAUUUGCGAAUGAAUUUUUCGAGCUUUUGAAUUCAGAAUGUUCGUGUAGCAAACCGCUGCA